GUGUGGUUUGAGCAUUCGAGACGCAUGAGUGUGGUGCGGGCUUUGACGCGCACGCUCGGCGCCCGCGUGAAGACAUCGCCGUUCUCUGUUCACGCUCGAUUCCUGUCUGUGACGCAUGCUGGUGCACCGGUCGAUCUGUCCCACAUGUGGACGGUUGGUUCGUUCCCCGUAGUUGACAUGCCCGUGCCGUCGGUGUUCGACACGACUGGGAUGCUCUCGAGUCUUCCCGACCCGUUCCCCAUGUAUGGGUACCCGACGGUGCCUGAAUUGAUCAUUGACGGUUUGGACUCUGCGGACAACGCGAUGCAUGCCGACUCGGUGCUGCGAAAGCGACGAAAGAAGAUGAACAAGCACAAGCACAAGAAGCGAAAGAAGGCGCUGCGCAAUAGAACCAAGAAAAAUUAGAAGCGCCAUUGACAGAACUAACCCGUCUCAACUCCCUCAACCCCGCGGAUGCUGCAGCAUGGCUGCUGGUUAACUUUUCUAACAGGCGCAACAACGUACAAUAGUCCAUUCGUUGGAUCACCG